CACAAAAUUACAGAACGACACGUCGUAGUUUCACUUGUAUGGUUGGUGUGAGCGCUUUUAAUAACCUGGUACAGCUCCACUCCGUAGUGUCCGUAGUGUUGCUCUCGAACUUCACAUUUUCGCGCCUAAAAUCCAAGCUUCGAAUUAGCUUCUGAUCGCGGCAAGAUAAUGGCGAGUAUGACAAUAUGUGCUCGAUUCCGGCCUUUGAGCUCCAAAGAGAGAAGAGAUCACGGCGAUGCAGUCUGCAUUCAACACGUAGACUCCGAAACUUUCAGUUUCAAGGAUGAGAAGGAUGAAGAAUUCACAUUUAGCUUUGAUAAGGUGUUCUACGAGAAAUCUGAGCAGGCACAAGUGUAUGAAUUUCUAGCUUCGCCUAUUGUGCGAGAUGCUGUUGAUGCAAUCAAUGGGACGAUCGUUACUUAUGGACAGACUGGAGCGGGGAAGACAUAUAGCAUGGAGGGGCCUAGCAUACUGGUACGUGACGAGCAGAAGAGAGGAUUACUUCCAAGAGUUGUUGAGGGUCUGUUUGAUUGCAUUAAAUCUUCUGGAAGAACAAUGAAGCACUCAAUCAAAUUGUCAAUGGUAGAGAUCUACAUGGAAAGAGUAAGGGACCUUUUUGAUUUAGCAAAAGACAACAUACAGAUUAAGGAGAGUAAAUCGCAGGGGAUAUUGUUAAAUGGAGUAACAGAGAUCUCUGUGUCGAGUCCUGCAGAAGCAUUGCAAAGCCUAUCUAAUGGCAUAGCUAACAGAGCUGUGGGAGAGACCCAAAUGAAUGUGUCCAGCAGCAGAAGCCACUGCAUAUACAUAUUCACAGUUCAGCAAGAAGUAAAGAAAGAUGAGAGGUCGAAAGCUGGAAAGUUAAUUCUUGUAGACUUGGCUGGAUCUGAGAAAGUAGAGAAAACUGGAGCUGAGGGAAAAGUUCUUGAAGAAGCUAAGACCAUCAACAAGUCUCUCUCAGCCCUUGGAAAUGUGAUAAAUGCUCUGACAUGCGGGUCAUCGGGCAAAGCAAACCACAUUCCCUUCCGCGAUUCCAAGCUCACUCGGAUUUUACAAGAUUCACUGGGAGGUAACUCGCGUACUGCAUUGUUGUGUUGUUGCUCUCCAAGUCCUUCUAAUGCAUUGGAGAGUCUGUCCACUCUUCGCUUUGGGAUGAGGGCAAAGCAUAUAAAGAUGUCACCGCGUCUCAAGGGUAACGAAGAUAAAUCUGCUAAAAGGAACGGACCUCCCUCCCCAACUAAAGACGAGUCAUGCGAGAGAAUUCUUGGGAUGUUGAGGGAGAGAUUUGAUGCCGAAGAUGUGAAGUUACUUGAGGAGUUGUUCACAUUGAGCGGAAUUCUCUUUGAUCCUUCUUCGCCUGAAGAGGUAGACUCAGCAUUGGCGGAUGUUACUUCACAGACGAUUACCUUACUGCAGCAAGCAGUGGAAGAUCUUGCAUCCACUGUUGAGGAGGUACGUGCUACUUGGUACCGAGAAUGGCGUGUAAACAGCCUUGUCUACUUUCUUCAAUAUGAAUUUUGUUGUGCCGGUUUUAUGCCGUUGCAGCUUAAGAGAGAGAAUAAGGCACUGAAGAACGAAUUAGCAGCUGCUAAAAGAUUGGAUGCACAAAGCGAAGCGGCUGGAGAUACUUCAAUUGUUCUGCAUAAACCUUCAGGAAUUAUCAGUUCCGUUGUGUCACGGGUCAGGUCACUCUCUUCUAUCAAGUUGUUGAAAUGAUAAAGAGUAUAAUCCUGCCUUACAUGUGAGAUUAAUCGAACAUCGCUCAUAUUUUAAAGAACUGCAACAGUAGGGUAGAGGCACCGACCAUGUCAUACAUAGAGCAUUUCUCACAAAAGCAUGAGACCCUCUGUAUUUUGGUCUCACUCAACCCUACGUAGUGCUAACCGGUCUAGCUACCCUAGUAAGGCAGCCUUACUGAAUUCUAUCAAAGCUAAGUAGAAAUAUAGAAUAUUUGCUAGAGGAGUAUGCGCCUAUUAAACUGGUUUGGGGAGAGAUCUUGGGUAGGGCUUUUCAGUCCACAUAAAAAGAGAUAUCUUGCGUUGGGCUUUUGAGGAGUAAAAGUGUUUUAGUUUAAAAGCCCAAUUAUCUUUUUUAACAAGGCAUUAUUGUCACUGUAAUAUACAACGAUGCGGAUCAAUUUUUAAUGCAAGAGAGCGGACACGCUGUGUUGGACUUGGAUUGUCUGCCCCUCCUCAUUUCAUACCAUUUUCAUCGCCUCCUAUUUAUGUGGUCACGGUUAAAUCACGUCAAUAAUUUUAUAUUGAUUUUUUUAAAGAAAUAAUAUGACAAAAAGUAAUGGGAAUAUAAAAUAUUGACAUGGCUUAACUGUGACUACAGAAAUAAGAGAUGAUGGGAAAAGUAUGAGAUAGGGAGGGCAAACAAUCCAGAUCGCACUGUGUUGAGCUUUCAGAAA